UCCUCUCUCUCCGUCCUCUCUCCCCUGCUGGAGUGAGCGCCUGAGGAUUAAGAGGCAGGGAGGCUGGACUAGAGGACCACAGGAUUGGGAUUGGAGGGCUCUGACAGGGCUGGAUUACUGCUGUGUUAUAGGAGACACCAGGCUGGGCUGCUGAAAACCGGCUGCUUUGGUGCUGGAAUUGGCGACUAAGAUAGACUUUUGGAUUUCAGAAUCAACCUUGCCUGAUGACCUCAGUCCUGAAGAAAGACAAGAGCUGGAGAGCAUCCGCCGCAGAAAACAAGAGCUACUGGAGGACAUACAAAGGCUGAAGGAUGAGAUAGCAGAGGUGACCAAUGAGAUUGAAAACCUGGGCCUGACUGAAGAGAGGAAAAGCAUGCAGAGGAAUAAACAGAUGGCCAUGGGCCGGAAGAAGUUCAACAUGGACCCCAAGAAGGGGAUCCGAUUCUUGAUUGACAGCUCCCUGCUGAAAAACACCAGCAAUGACAUCGCCCAGUUCCUCUACAAGGGGGAGGGGCUUAAUAAGACGGCCAUCGGCGACUACCUGGGGGAGAGAGAUGACUUCAACAUCGAGGUUCUGCACGCCUUCCUGCAGUUACACGAGUUCACAGACUUGAACCUGGUCCAGGCUCUCAGGCAGUUCCUGUGGAGCUUCAGGCUGCCUGGCGAGGCUCAGAAGAUCGACCGCAUGAUGGAGGCCUUCGCACAGCGAUACUGUCGCUGUAACCCUGGAGUGUUUCAGAGCACGGAUACUUGUUACGUGUUGUCGUUCGCUGUGAUCAUGCUGAACACCAGUUUACACAACCCCAACGUGAAGGACAAACCGUCCGUUCAGAGAUUUACGGCGAUGAAUCGAGGCAUCAAUGACGGAGGAGACCUGCCGGAGGACCUGCUCAGGAAUCUGUACGACAGCAUCAAGAAUGAACCCUUUAAGAUCCCAGAGGAUGAUGGGAACGACCUCACACACACCUUCUUCAACCCCGACAGAGAGGGGUGGCUACUCAAACUCGGAGGUGGACGAGUGAAGACCUGGAAGAGACGCUGGUUUAUUCUCACAGAUAACUGCCUUUACUACUUUGAAUACACGACUGAUAAAGAACCCAGAGGGAUUAUUCCACUGGAAAAUCUGAGUAUCAGAGAAGUUGAUGACUCCAAGAAACCGAACUGCUUCGAGCUGUUCAUCCCGGACCACAAAGAUCAGGUGAUCAAGGCCUGUAAGACGGAGGCAGACGGCCGCGUCGUCGAGGGCAACCACACUUUUUACAGAAUCUCCGCCCCAACCGCGGAGGAGAAGGACGAAUGGAUCAACAGCAUCAAAGCUGCGAUAAGCAAAGACCCGUUCUACGAGAUGCUGGCUGCUCGGAAGAAGAAGGUUUCCUCUCUGAAGGGGCUGUAGAGCUGCUGACGACUGAACUUUGAAAACAACAAGCACAGGUUUGACUCAUCAAUGCAGAACUGGAUGCGGAUCUGAUACUCCUCCACGGACCUGGCAGAGGAGUCAACUUCUCCUCUGUCGCCUUUUGAACUCUUGAACCUUCAGCACCGACACUCCUUCCUCUACAGGUUUAUAACCUCCUCUUGAAUAUUUUUCAUUUCACAUCUUCAGAUGAAACUAUUCAACCGUAAACAUCCUUUUCUUUUAAUCUUCAAACAUCCUUUUUGAAAAACAAACUCCUGCAGGACUGUAACUCUGACGCUCUUCUUUACAAUCUGCUGUAAUGACUGAUUCAUCUCUGAAACUCUUCAGACUCUGUGUUGUUUUUGGUCUGCUUCUCCCGGAGAGAAACAGAAUGAAGAAGUGUGUAACACUCGCCGGAUCAUAAAUCAUGUUUGUUCAUCAUUACACACGAGCGGAGGAAAAGAAACAGAUGUUUGAUAAGAAACAUUAAAAGAGAAGGAGUCGAGAUAAAAUGCUGGACACUUACUGGAAGAAUCACAUUACACGUUAAUGGGAUUCAGAUGCUUUUAUGUUACACUUUAAGUUAGUUUACAAACGUCUCUGUUUUCAUCAGUUUGAGGUAAACAUAAUCCCACACAUACAGUAAACUCUUCACGGAGAAAUCUACUGGAAAAAUAUCCUUCGGUCAGGAUUCGUCCUCGUCUGGGAUUCGUUUAGUCUCAUUUGCCAUAUAAAUGCUUUUUUUUUUUUUUUUUUUUUUUUUUCUAAGCCUGUUUUCUUACUGCUGUUGAUCUUUUUGUCAAAGCACUGUUUAUGGAAAUGAAGGUAAUGCAUAGCUAAAUAUUUAUUUAUCCAGAUUUCUUGUAAUUUAUUGUUUUCAGUUUUGUCUCAUUAAAAGUUUGCAAACGAAUAUCGUUCAUUUGACUUUUUGUCACGCAGGAAACAAAAAGCCUCCAGAACAUCUGUGUCGUUUAUUACUGUGAUGAUAUGGUCGUAUUAAUAUUGACAUUGAAGAGUUUCCUGGUUCAGACUUGUUUUUAAAAAACCAAAUCUGGAUUUUAGGGUUUUGUUUUUGGUGAUUUUAUGCUCUCUGGAUCAAAUUUAGAAGACACAGCAGAUGAAAUAUUACUAUAGUUGUGAAAUAGUGACAAAGUUCUCUAAAAGUUCUCAUUUAAUCUUCAGGUGAAACAUCAAAAUAUUUUUGAUUUUAUUGAGUCCUGAAUCUUACCAGCACUGAUGCGACCAAGAUGUUUUCACACGGUUGAUUUCCUGCUCGUUAGCUACAGAACAUGUGAUCGUUUCACGUGUUUCCAGAGCCGAUUGUUCUGUUGUCGUAUUUUUAACUUUAACAAGCAGAUGAAAGCUUCAGCCUCGAGGCAGAGCGGGGAGAGAUUCCUCCUCAAGGAAAAACUGUUCAAACAGUCUUGUGACUUAACUGCAUUAACAGGUAACAGCUACGACUCCGGAGCGACACCAACGUAUCCAACAGGCUGACGUGUCACAACCCACACUAAAUAUUUCAGUGUGAAUUCACAAGAUCGAAGGAGCGUUUCACAAAGAGCUAAAAGGAAAAAAAAAGAUCUUAUGAAUGAUGAAUUAGAAAUGAUUAAAAAGGCAAAUCAGGUUUGUAAACUAAAUAUCUAACUCUAGUAGUCAGUUGCUCGGCUACCGUUCUAAAUCUAAGAUAAACUUUAUCUUAACUUGUAGUUAAGAUUGGUUUUUUUGGGCACUUGUGGGAAACAAACAAGCUGUGAACUCUGACAUCAUCUUAAAAAAAUGAGGUGAAGACAGUAAACAGCUGCAGAUUUACACAUUCAGCAGAUAUCAAUGUUGAAAUUAUCAUUCGUUUGGAGUUCUGGCCUCCUGAUGAAUAUAAGUCCAAUAUUCACUCUUGUUUUUCACUAAGUUAUGAGUCACUAACUUAACCGGCUCCGCACCAAACAGGAGACAGAUCGAGUUCAGAGAUCUUAGAAGAGAAGUGAGAGUGAACUGAAACAAGGUCGGGGGGCCAGAAAACCAAAACAACGAGCUGAAAGGUGCUAAAAAGCUCUGACGGGGAUGAGGAACUGUAGAGUUCACAUCACGAGAACAAGUCAUGAGAUCCGUCGUAAAUAAAACAUGUUCACUUUUGCUUACAUGAUAUAAAACUUGAAGCUGUCCUUUAACGAGGGCGAUUAAUCUGCCAAUUAUUUUCUUAAUUGACUGAUUAAUCGUUUAGUCGAUGAAAUG